GGUUCUCAACGGUCAGUUGUACAAUUUCUGUGCAGUAAGUAUACUGUAAAGCAUAGACGAGAAUAGCAAUUGAUAGAACCUCAAACUCAGUCUGACAUAUCCCGUCUUUCCGAAACGUCCAGCAAAAUACUAAAAUCGGAGUUUGAUGAGGAUUGUCCGUGUCAACAUUAAGUCUAUGGGUACAGUAAUCCGUGCCCGACUCAAAAAAGGGGCAAAAGGAGGGAAAACGGAGACUAGACCCACGAUGUACCCACGCUAAUGGAGGGAGAAAAUGGAGAAACUUGCAUAGAUAGAUGACGAAUCAUAGAGAUCCUUGUCUACUGUGUAUGGUAUAGUUGGGACAGGUCGGACUUAUGGCGUAAUGGAUUCAUUGGUGCAUAAUCCCGCCCGGAGACAGCUAGACAGCUUACAAAUGUGUGCUGUACGCGAAUCAACUGCGGACUUAGCUUGGGUCUCUGGAGAAAUGGAAGUGCUGGACCGAGGUCGUGACGCAGUUGAGUUGACCCGGUUGUCCCGGGAUUUGCCCCCGAAGCUUGGGAGGUUGAGCAUGGAUCGUCAAUUCUUCUCUCCACAAAGCCGCAUAUUUGAUGCAAAUCGCUGCAAAAGCAGGUGCUUUCUUUUCUCCAUCGGGCUAGGGAAAGUUCGAGGUGGGAAAGACGAUCGUGAUUUUCAUUCAAGCCUUGUUACCGUGGAGUAAUUUCCGUACAGGCUAUAUACAUGUAGUGUGCAUAGCCGGGCUUGAGACCCUUGACCCACUGAUCAGACGCGGCCGACCGGAGGCAAAGAGAAAGUAGCCGGGAAAUUAAAACUGGAAAAGAACAUGAGAACACUGCCCCAGAGGAAACCCCAGAAGAAAGAUGAAAGUGUGAAAGGCGAAAGAUGAAAGGGGAAAGACGAGGUGAAGGAGUAUAGAAUAAUGCAAAUAAUCCAUUGCCUCCCCCGGAUCCCCCGCCCUUUUUCCCCGGUCUGCCUUGGUAUUUUCAUUCAUCCAUUUUUCCGUGCCGUCCCUGCAUCUGCAUGGGCUGCUGGCAUACCGACGUGUAUGUUCUAAAGUCUCGUGAAACUAGCACCCUGGUACUCCCGUUCACUUGUACUCGUAUACAUAAAGUGGCACUUGUCCCCUAGCUCCGUCCAGUUCCCACUUUUCCAUUAACCUCUGUUAGCUGGAAACGGAUGCACAUCAUUGCAGUUUGAAUAAAAAAGAAAAAAGGAAAAGCAAUAUCAAUUAUAUCCUGCAUCAUGUCUGCGACUGAAGCAUCCAACAACGCCGGGCUGGAUAAGGACGUCGGCGCUGCUCCUGCCCAGAACGGCGGCGGCGCUCCCAUUCACCCGCAACUGUCCGCCGAGGAGCACCAGGUGGCUCGCGCCGCCGCCCGCUUCGGAUACGGGCCUCUGGCUCACGUUAAUGUCGACGAGUCUUCUCUCCCAGCCUUUGGUGGAGAGUUCCAGCCCGGUCUGUACAAGUCCGUUGAGGGUCGCAAGUUCGGUAACCCUGCGCCUCUGGGCCUCUGCGCUUUCGCCUUGACUACUUUCGUGCUGAGUUGUAUCAACAUCGGUGCGAGGGAUAUUAGCUCGCCGAACAUUGUUGUCGGUCUUGCUUUUGGAUAUGGUGGUCUUGUUCAGUUGCUUGCCGGCAUGUGGGAAAUGGCCGUUGGCAACACUUUCGGUGCUACUGCUCUCUCCUCUUACGGUGGUUUCUGGUUGGCCUUUGCUAUCGUCUUGACCCCCGGCGGGUUCGAGAUUGAGGAGCUCCUCGGCGCAACCUCCACUGAUCCCUCCAUGUUUUAUAACUCAAUGGGUCUGUUCCUGAUGGGCUGGUUCAUCUUCACAACCAUCAUGCUCUUCUGCACCCUCAAAUCAACCGUCGCUUUCUUCCUGCUCUUCUUCUUCCUGGACCUGACCUUCCUCCUCCUCGGUAUCUCCUACCUGCAGACCGAUUCUGCCGGAGGUGUCAACGUCCCCGUCCAGAAAGCAGGCGGUCUCUUCGGUCUCCUGGCUGCCUUCGCCGCCUGGUACAACGCCCUGGCCGGUAUCGCCGAUGACAGCAACAGCUUCUUCAUCAUCCCCGUUGCUCACUUCCCCUGGUCGGCUACUGGCCGUACCCGUCGCACCAAGUCUGAGCGCGAGCUCGCUUAGAUUGUCCCGCGAUCGGAAAAUCUUGAGUCUCGGUGGUGGAUGGAGAGGUGUCGAUGCCCUGUAGGUAAUUGACACUUGUAAUGUUUCUGAUACCCAGCGCUGUAUGUACGUGUCGCGCGCGAAAAUACUGGGUUUCUUGACUCCUUUGGAAUAUCUGUGGUCAUCGAUCGUCGACGCGUUUGCUCGUUGUUGAUGAUUGGUUCGGUCGCGUGUUCGCGGGGGGUCGAGGGGGCUGUGUUUUCGUCCUGUGGCUUUGUGACUGUUGCCUUUUGGUAGAGUGAUCAAUACGGAACAUCUCUUCCCAGGUGACAGUUGCAAAAAUGUCUGGUCUCGUUUGCUCUUGAGCUGCGUGGCUGGUUAAUAGUUGGCCGGUGGUUUCAUGCGAGCAUAUAUGCUUGUAUUGGGCCCCGGCUUUUUCCUUGUUGUAUUUAAUCUCUUUACCUGGUUCCAAGAUCAUCAGCAGUUGUGUGCACUGCCGAUGUUUGACUGGACUUGCAGUGUGUUGGCAUCGAAGGGUACCUAGAAGCUGGCAGCUGGUAUCUGUUGCAAGCUGUAACUCCAAUGGACAACAGAGCAUAUCAAUGCAA